AUGAUUUAAUAAAUAGUCAUACCCAAAUCAAUUUAUUUCAAGGAAGGCUCUUAUUUUCUCGUCAUCAACGCAAAACCAAAUUCCAAAGUGAGUCAAAUAACAGGCAUUUCAGACGAGGCUGUUGAUGUUAAUAUUGCAGCACCUCCUAAGGAUGGUGAAGCUAAUGCUGAAUUAUGUGAUUUCGUUGCAUAGACCUUAGGAGUUAAGAAAACAGCUAUCUAAGUAUAAAAAGGAGGCAAGGGAAGAAAUAAGCUAAUUAAAAUCGAAAGCAAGUUUAAGGAUAUAAACGAAUUUUAUGAGAAACUAAAAUAAGGAUUGUGA